GUCGAGUGUUUUAAGGAACUUUAACUUCCUUCCCUUUGGCUUUUGUAACCAGAAAGCUUUCCAGAUUUUGUAAUUCUGGGAUCUCCUUUAAAUUUCUUUGCUCAAACAGAACAGACACAAAUGUAGCUAGCUAGCCUUCACUGAGAAUUCAGGUAAGACCUGGCACAGGCAAAGUAGCCGAGGGAGGUAGGCACAGGAUUAAAUAAAAAUCUCUAAUGAGGUAGUGGGGCUGAAGGGGUAUUUCUUUUCCUCCUGAUUGCUAAAUUACAUUUUAGGAGCCAUAUAUAAAACUGAAGGGUGUUCACUGUCUCUGAGGUACACAGGAUGACGAGUGCAAUGUCUGGGAGCACAGACUUGGAGGUUAAGUCAGGCCAAGAUGCACACCCUGACAACGUGGCUCCCUGGCAGUGUGAUCUUGAGCCAGUUCUUUCUCCUUGUCUUCUUUUUUCAAGGGUAAUGAUACUAGGACCCAGAACCACAUCAGAGGACAUUGAAGAAGAGCACUGAUGAGUAUGAAAGUAUAGAAUACACCAGCUUCCUAUGUCCUGUAGCAAGAGAGAGCCAGGCACCACCCAGGCAUGCGUGCUAAAGUCCAUACCUCUCUGUUAUCAGAUCUGCUCUGUUUAGCAACAUACUUGCAACCCAUUUUUGCUCUUUUACUUUCUAACUUGGUAAUUUUCCAAAUUAUGCUCAAGCACCCUCCAUCUGCCCAAAGGUGCCAGAGUCAUGCCUGUGAGCUCCAAGUCCCUCCUGAUGUCCUGCGAGGCUUCAGCACUCUUAUACCCAAGGGCCGCCCUGCUGCACUCCAAGGGCCCACUGGCCCUACCCCCUGAGCCCUCUGCAUAGCACCACCACCAGAACAGUUCACCUGUAGCCCUGAGGAAGACCUGCGGCCAGCCUCACCAGGGACUCAGACCAGCUUCUGAUCUGGAUUGGCCUUGACUGGAGGCACCCUGUCUGCUUUUCACCUUCUAGAAACAUUUCGUGAACCAGGGGCCUGAAGCCUGCACACCUGGGCCUCCAUGACCUCAGCUUUCAGAACACGGUCCUUCUGAUCCACCUGGGCUUAUUCGGAAUACCUACUUCUCUAGCAGCUAGUGCUGGUGGCCUGCUAGUGGAAGAUGGCAGUCCUGCGGCAGCUGGUACUCCUGCUGUGGAAGAACUACACUCUGCAGAAGCGGAAGGUUCUAGUGACAGUCCUGGAACUCCUCCUGCCCCUACUGUUUUCUGGGAUCCUGAUUUGGCUUCGCUUGAAGAUUCAAUCAGAAAACGUGCCCAAUGCCACUGUGUACUACAACCAGUCCAUCCAGAAACUGCCCCUGUUCUUCACUUUAUCCCUACCAGGGAACAGCUGGGAGCUCGCCUACAUCCCUUCCCAUAGUGAGGCUGCCAGGACCAUCACUGAGACAGUGAAGAGGGUGCUAGGGAUCAACAUGAGAGUGCGUGGCUUUCCCUCUGAGAAGGACUUUGAGGACUACAUUCGGUACGACAACCGCUCCUCCAAUGUGCUGGCAGCCAUGGUGUUCGAGAAUGUUGGCAACCACAGCAAGGACCCACUGCCGCUGGCGGUGAAAUAUCACCUACGCUUCAGUUACACACGAAGAAAUUACCUGUGGCCCCAAAUGGGCAACUUUUUCCUGAAAGAAACAGAGGGCUGGCAUACCACUUCCCUUUUUCCGCUUUUCCCAAACCCAGGACCGAGGGAACCUACGUCCCCUGAUGGUGGGGAACCAGGGUAUAUCCGCGAAGGCUUCCUGGCAAUGCAGCAUGCCGUGGACAAAGCCAUCAUGUACUAUCAUGCCAACACCUCCACGUACCAGCUGUUCCAGAAGCUCACGGUGGUGGCAAAGAGAUUCCCAUUCCCACCGUUCAUCUCUGACCCCUUCCUUGCGGCCAUCCAGUACCAGCUUCCCCUGCUGCUCAUGCUGAGCCUCACCUACACUUCCCUUACCAUCAUCCGGGCUGUGGUGCAGGAGAAAGAGAGAAAACUAAAGGAGUAUAUGCGCAUGAUGGGACUCAGCAACUGGCUACACUGGACUGCUUGGUUCCUCAUGUUCUUCCUCUUCCUCCUCAUUGCCGUCUCUUUCAUGACCCUGCUCCUCUGUAUCAAGGUGAAGAAGGAAGUAGCAGUGCUUUCCAGCAGUGACCCCUCCCUGGUGCUGGUCUUCCUGCUGUGUUUUGCCAUCUCCUCCAUCUCCUUUAGCUUCAUGGUCAGCACCUUCUUCAGUAAAGCUAACAUGGCGGCAGCAGUGGGUGGCUUCCUGUACUUCUUUACCUACAUCCCCUACUUCUUUGUGGCACCUUGGUACAACUGGAUGACACUGAGCCAGAAGCUCUUAUCCUGUCUUCUGUCCAAUGUUGCCAUGGCAAUGGGAGCCCAGCUUAUAGGAAAAUUUGAAGCCAAAGGCAUGGGCAUCCAGUGGCGAGACCUCCUGAGUCCUGUCAAUGUGGAUGACGACUUCUGCUUUGGGCAAGUGCUGGGAAUGCUGCUGCUGGACUCUGUGCUCUACGGCUUAGUGACCUGGUACGUGGAGGCUGUCUUCCCAGGCCAAUUUGGCAUGCCCCAGCCCUGCUACUUCUUCCUCAUGCCCUCCUACUGGUGUGGAAACUCCAGGAUGGUUGUUGGGAAAGAGGAGGAAGACAGUGAUCCCGAAAAAGCACUCAGAACUGAGUACUUUGAAGCUGAGCCAGAAGGCCUGGUGGCUGGGAUCAAGAUCAAACAUCUAUCCAAGGUGUUCCAAGUGGGAAAUAAGGACAAGGCAGCAGUCAGAGACUUGAACCUGAACCUGUAUGAAGGGCAGAUCACUGUUCUGCUGGGCCACAAUGGUGCAGGGAAGACCACCACCCUUUCUAUGCUCACAGGUCUCUUUCCCCCCACCAGUGGACGAGUGUAUAUUAGUGGGUAUGAAAUUUCUCAAGACAUGGCUCAAAUCCGGAAGAGUUUAGGCCUGUGCCCCCAGCAUGAUGUCCUGUUUGACAACUUGACAGUAGCAGAACAUCUUUACUUCUAUGCACAGCUAAAAGGCCUGUCCGCCCAGAAGUGCCCUGAAGAAGUCAAGCACAUGCUGCACCUCCUCAGUCUGGAGGACAAGCGGGGCUCAAGGAGCAAGUUCCUGAGCGAGGGGAUGAAGCGCAAGCUCUCCAUCGGCAUUGCCCUCAUAGCAGGCUCUAAGUUGCUGAUUCUGGAUGAGCCCACCUCAGGCAUGGACGCCAUCUCCAGGAGGGCCAUCUGGGACCUUCUUCAGCAGCAGAAGAGUGACCGCACCAUCCUGCUGACCACACACUUCAUGGACGAGGCCGACCUGCUUGGGGACCGCAUUGCCAUCAUGGCCAAGGGGGAGCUGCAGUGCUGCGGGUCAUCACUGUUCCUCAAGCAGAAAUAUGGUGCUGGCUACCACAUGACACUGGUAAAGGAGCCACACUGCAAUCCUGAAGGUAUCUCCCAACUGGUGCAACACCACAUCCCCAACGCCACACUGGAGAGCCACGCUGGGGCUGAGCUGUCCUUUAUUCUUCCCAAGGAGAGUACUCACAGGUUUGAAAGUCUUUUUUCCAAACUGGAAAAGAAGCAGAAGGAAUUGGGCAUCGCCAGCUUCGGGGCCUCGGUCACCACUAUGGAGGAGGUGUUCCUUCGGGUUGGUAAGCUCGUGGACAGCAGCAUGGACAUCCAAGCCAUCCAGCUCCCUGCUCUGCAGUACCAGCAUGAGAGGCGGGCAAGCGACUGGGCUGUGGACAGCAACCUGUGUGGGGUGAUGGACCCAACUGACGGCAUCGGUGCCCUCAUUGAGGAGGAGCACACCAUGGUGAAGCUCAACACUGGGCUUGCCCUCCACUGCCAGCAGUUCUGGGCCAUGUUCCUAAAGAAGGCUGCAUACAGCUGGCGGGAGUGGAAGAUGGUGGUGGCCCAGGUCCUGGUCCCUCUGACCUGCGUCACCCUGGCCCUCCUGGCUAUCAACUACUCCUCGGAGGUCUUCGAUGACCCCCUCCUGAAGCUGAGCCUGGACGAGUACGGCAGAACGGUUGUGCCCUUCUCAAUCCCGGGCACCUCUUGGUUGGAUCACCAGCUGUCAGAGCACUUGAGAGACAUGCUGGAGGCCAAGGGGCAGGAGCCCCGCGAGGUGCUGGGUGACCUGGAGGAGUUCCUGGUUUUCAGGGCCUCAGUGGAGGGAGGCGGCUUUAACGAGCGGUGCCUGGUGGCGAUGUCCUUCAGAGACACGGGAGAGCAGAUGAUGGUGACUGCCCUGUUCAACAACCAGGCGUACCACUCCCCGGCUACUGCCCUGGCCAUUGUGGACAACCUUUUAUUCAAGCUACUAUGUGGCCCGAGGGCCUCCAUUGAGGUUUCCAACUAUCCCCAGCCCCGGAAUGCCCUGCAGACCGCCAAGGAUGAGUUCAGCCAGGGCCGAAAGGGAUUUGACAUCUCCCUCAAUUUGCUCUUCGCCAUGGCAUUUCUGGCCAGCACAUUUUCCAUCUUGGCAGUCAGUGAGAGGGCCGUCCAGGCCAAGCACGUCCAGUUUGUGAGUGGUGUCCAUGUGGCUACUUUCUGGCUCUCCGCUCUGCUGUGGGACCUCAUCUCUUUCCUCGUCCCUGCUCUGCUGCUGCUGGUGGUGUUUCGAGCCUUCGAUGUGCGUGCCUUCACUCAGGACGGCCACGCGGCCGACAUGCUGCUGCUGCUAAUGCUGUAUGGCUGGGCCAUCAUCCCCCUCAUGUACCUCAUGAGUUUCUUCUUCCUGGGCGCGUCCACGGCCUACACCAGGCUGACCAUAUUCAACAUCCUGUCGGGCAUCACCACCUUCCUCAUGGUCACUGUCAUGCGCAUCCCAGCGGUCAAGUUAGAAGAACUUUCCAGAACCCUGGACCGUGUGUUCCUGGUGCUGCCCAAUCACUGCCUAGGGAGGGCGGUCAGCAGCUUCUAUGAGAACUAUGAGACACGCCGGUAUUGCACAUCCUCAGAGGUUGCCACCCAGUACUGCAAGAAGUACAACAUCCAAUACCAGGAGAAUUUCUAUGCCUGGAGCACCCCAGGGGUUGGCAGGUUUGUGACCUCCAUGGCUGCAUCAGGGUGCAUCUACCUCACCCUGCUCUUCUUCAUUGAGACCAACCUGCUGUGGAGACUGAGGACCUUCAUCUGUGCCUUCCAGAGGAGGUGGACACUGGCAGAAUUGCACAGCCGGACAUCAGUGCUUCCUGAAGACCAAGAUGUGGCAGAUGAGAGGAACCGAGUCAUGGCCCCCAGCCUGGACUCCCUGCUUGACACGCCCCUGAUCAUCAAGGAGCUCUCUAAGGUGUAUGACCAGCGGGCACCGCUCCUCGCCGUGGACAGGAUCUCCCUCGCCGUCCAGAAAGGGGAGUGUUUUGGCCUGCUAGGUUUCAAUGGAGCAGGGAAAACCACCACCUUCAAAAUGCUGACAGGGGAGGAGACCAUCACCUCAGGGGAUGCCUUUGUUGAGGGAUACAGCAUCAGCUCUGACAUCAAGAAGGUACGGCAGAGGGUGGGGUACUGCCCCCAGUUUGAUGCCCUGCUAGACCAUAUGACAGGCCGGGAGAUGCUGGUCAUGUACGCACGACUUCGAGGCAUCCCUGAGCGCCUCAUUGGUGCCUGUGUGGAGAACACACUGCGGGGCCUGCUCCUGGAGCCACAUGCCAACAAACUGGUCAGGACAUACAGCGGUGGUAACAAGCGCAAGCUGAGCACUGCCAUUGCCCUCAUUGGAGAGCCUGCGGUCAUCUUCCUGGAUGAGCCAUCCACUGGCAUGGACCCCGUGGCCCGGCGCCUGCUCUGGGACACUGUGGCCCGGGCCCGUGAGUCUGGCAAGGCCAUUGUCAUCACCUCCCAUAGCAUGGAGGAGUGUGAGGCCCUGUGCACCCGGCUGGCCAUCAUGGUACAGGGUCAGUUCAAGUGCCUGGGCAGCCCGCAGCACCUCAAGAGCAAGUUCGGCAGUGGCUACUCCCUGCAGGCCAAGGUCCACAGAGAAGGGCAGCAAGAGGCGCUGCAGGAGUUCAAGGCAUUUGUGGACCUGACUUUCCCAGGCAGCAUCCUAGAAGAUGAGCACCAAGGCAUGGUCCAUUACCACCUGCCUGGCCGUGACCUCAGCUGGGCAAAGGUUUUUGGUAUCCUAGAGAAAGCCAAGGAGAAGUACGGAGUGGACGACUACUCAGUGAGCCAGAUCUCACUGGAGCAAGUCUUCCUGAGUUUCGCCCACCUGCAGCCCCCCACCUUGGAGGAGGGGCAGUGAGGAACCUUCUGCUGCCUCGAGCACCAGGCAGGGACAGGAUGAGCUGAUGUGCAGUUGUGCAUCCUCUCCCUCUGCGUUUCUCUUAUCCUUUAUUUUUCAUCACUCUUUUCUAUGGACAUGAAAAAGUCAAGGUGAUAUGCAUAGAAUGGACCCAGUGUGUCAGUGCCCUACUGCGGGAAUCAGCAUGCAGAUUUCCACUC